CUACUAACUCAGCUAUCUUAUAGUAGAAAACCCGCUGCUAGGAACCGGACCCUAACAUCGCAGCCUGAGGUCUCGUGAGAAGCGUGAAGGAAGGUGCGGUUGGUUGAGGUGGGGAACUGCAGGGGGCCUUCCUACAUCUUGACGCCUUCCCAAGGGGUUGACGCGUUUGUAGCCGCGCCUUCCUCCCCCUCCUUCUUCCUGAAGUUAAACCACCGAGUUUCUCCUCGUCCUCGUCCUCCACCUCCACCUCUCAACUCUUCUUCCACAUCAUCCAAGAACAGGAGGAAAAACAUAAUCGCUCCUGCUUAACCCUUCUCGUCUCCUCGACCCGGUCACCGUCGUCAACAUGCCCUUCACCUGCGGCACUUGCUGGCGUGAGUUCCCGGCCGGUUGGCACUCGCGUGAGCAGCAUCUCAAUGCGACUGGCCACCAGGUUCCAUCCAACGAAUGCGACACCUGCGAUAGAUUCUUCGGCAGCAGCCAAGCCGUCCAGCAACACAUGAAUGCCCUCAAUCACUGGGCUUCCGACGUCUCCGACGACGACGGGCCUGUAUUCGAGUGUGAUGACUGUUACGACUGCUUCUCCGAUGAGGACGACCUACGUGAACACGAGGUUCAGGAUCACUAUUACUGUGAUCCGUGCGACCGUUACUUCCAAAACCACAACAACAUCCGUCAGCAUCUCAAUUCUAAAAUCCAUCGCAGUGGCACCAUUGAGUGCCAGUUCUGCAAGAAGUCGUGCAAGACGGCCACCGGCCUCGUCCAUCAUCUCGAACAGGGCGCAUGCCCCAAGGCGCCUCUCGAUCGCGACAAGCUCUACCAAGCCGUCCGCCAGCGUGACCCCAAUGGCCUCAUAUCAAAGAAGCUUCUGGAGUGGCAUGGCUCUCCAACGUACAAAGCCACUGAACGGGCCUACAACUCGACCGUCCGCGCCUAUGAGUGCUACCUCUGUCACCGACACUUUGGCGCUCUGCAGAGCCUUGACUCCCAUCUGAACUCGACAGCGCACAAGCAGGCCCUAUAUCACUGUCCCAGCCGUAACUGUGGUCGCGAAUACAAAACCCUCGCUGGCGUUAUCAACCACUUGGAGAGCGAAUCUUGCGGUUUCAUGCGUUUUGAAUCCGUCCAGCGCAACGUCGAGAAAGUUGUCGACCCACGCCGGAUGAUUGCUUUUUGACGGAGGUCACGACUUGUUGCCGAUUUGUACACGGAGAGAGUUUCCGGCUCGAUGAAGAAACUGUUGUCCCUAGCGACCGUUG